AAAUACAAAUCCCCCCACAACAAAUAUGAAAUGUCAACAUCGAAGUGAACACAUAUCGAUUGUUGUCAUUUCAUUUCUUGUGAAAGUGUUUGUUUUGAAAUGAGUUUGAAAUGCAUUCUGAAUGCAUGUUUAUGAAAUCAGUUCUAAAUGCAUUUCGAACCAGUUUUUUUGUAUUAGGGGGCCCUAAUACAAAAAAACUGGUUCGAAAUGCAUUUAGAACUGAUUUCAUAAACAUGCAUUCAGAAUGCAUUUCAAACUCAUUUCAAAACAAACACUUUCACAAGAAAUGAAAUGACAACAAUCGAUAUGUGUUCACUUCGAUGUUGACAUUUCAUAUUUGUUGUGGGGCCUUGACAGGAUACGAGAUUCUUUAGUUUGUAAAUAAAUAUUUGUCAUUUUAAGUACACGAAAGAGUCACUCAUUUGAUUUUUGAAAAUAUGGCCGGAAUAUUAGAAUUUUUCGCAUCGUUUGCUGAACAGGUGAAGGCAGAUGGAGGCGUUGUUAAUAUACGCCCGGUAAUUGAAUUUUGGACCACUUGUAGUCCCAUCACAAUGAAAUAUCACCAGGAAUCGUUUAGCAGCGAAAUACGCCCAACUAUACUGUCCAAUUUGUGCGCCAACUAUCAAGCACAAGGAAUGUUUCCGCGUCAUGGAAUUGAUGCACUGAAAUCGAUAUUAAGCCAAGCUGAAAGCGAUGACUCUGUCGCACAAUGGUGCCUGUCGGUCCAUGUAACGAAAAUGAACGAUAAGAAAGGAGACGGACUAAAACUAUCUCGUUUGCUGGCUUUUAUCAGGAAGAUGAGAGUGAAGGUUCCGGAUCGCUAUCAAAUGUCUUGGAUCGAACUAGGGCAAAAGGUGAUAAAACACAGACAGAUUCUACAAAUUGUCGCUACCGUUCUUGGAAAGUUUCAAAGUGAAGCGAAACCAGAAAAUGAUGUGGGAUUCGUAAUAGUUAACAAUGAAGCUCUAAACCUCCGAGGUUUUUCGGGUUUAUUUUUGAUAUACAUAAACUGCGCUCAUUUUGAAACAGAAUUUCGUACGAGCUACACGGAAGCCGAAAGAGAUGAUUUCGAUACAGAGAGAGUCGAGCUAGCCGCGAAAAUGAGCUUAAUUGCUCUCAUCAUUCAUGAGUUUGGCCACAUCAAGCUGCGGCAGGCAUAUGGUGAUUUCAAUGUGAAUACGCCAAAGUUGGCUAAGGAAAAAGGCCUGCCAGACAACUACAAAGAGAUGGGUGUGCUAUGCGAAAUCGAGACGUUCGGUUCACAUGUCGAUUGGAGCAAUUCUAGAUUCGGUGCAAAUUUGGAAUUUAUGCGGUCAUUUGUCAACGCGAUUGAAACGGGAGCGAAACUGCCGAAGAGUCCACUAGGUCUCGUAGUCGACCGUUUGGAAUCUGAAUAUUCUUCAUCCGGAGUAGAUAUACAAGCGACAUAUCCUGUUUACGAAUAAAAAAUCUUAGUAAUGGCACAAUUUUGAAAGAACACCCAUUUCCAGUUCCUUUAUAAAAGCUUUACUGGCAGAGAGAACAUAAA